GGCACCUGUGUAAUUAUCAUGCUGUUUAAUCAGCUUCUUCAUAUGCCACACCUGUCAGGUAUUAUCUUGGCAAAGGAGAAAGGUUCACUAACGGACUGAAACAAAUGUGUGGCCAAAAUCUGAGAGAAAUAAGAUUUUUGUUAAUAUGGAAAAUGUCCAGGGUCUUUUAUUUCAGCUCAUGAAACAUUACAUGUGUUUAUAUUUUUGUUCAGUAUAAAUGUAUGAGAAGUAUUUAUCCAAUGCCCUGAAAACAAACCUUGACCUUAUGACAAGACUUGACAUUUUUAUGCAUCUUAAUCUUGAUCUAUUUUGAUCGUAAUCUCAUGAUUUGCCUCUAAUUAACCACUAGAGGGCAUUACUCACCAAGCCCUCAGGAGUGUCUCAAAUUCACCCUACCUACCCGUUCACAAACUAGCCAAGUUCUCAUCAAGAUAUAAAAAAAUGGUAGCAUACAUAUUUUAGAUGGCAACUAAUCAAGUUGUUCUAACUAUCCCAAUUCCAAUAUGUGUUUACUAGUUGAUUUUAUUUGUACAGCCUAUGCAAAACGAUUGUCUCACAUGUUUCUCAGAAACAAUAUCUGAUGAUAAACUCCCCCUUAAAGAAAAAUGGCAUGCAAAAGCGGAACAGUUAUCGCUCUCUUGACAUUUGCUCACACACAGGAUGAGACCGCAGCAACUAAGACGUUGUGAGAGAGACGGGAGGAAGUAACAGGCAGAUUUCACAAGCUGCAAAGAAAGGCAGAGGCAGAGGGCACCUGUUUGACUGAAGAAAAUUAGUUUGGGACUACAACUAGGUAAGGGAACAACAAUUUCCUGUCAGGGCAGAGAGUAGAAAUAUGCUAUAGGAAAUUAAGACAGGGUGAUGUUGAGGAACAGACUGAAUAGUUAAUUACUGAUGUAACAUUAUAUUAUGCCUAUGAUAGCCUAAAAGUAAAGAAAGGACAGAUAGAAAAGAUUGGAUAGGAGUAUGGGUGUUAUUGAACAGAUGAUUGAGAAAGGGGUCAUUCAUUUACAGGAAGUAAUACGGUUUUGGUUUCCUAUCUUAUAAUUACAACAUAAUGAGGUUUAUGCUAGUACUUCAUUUCAAUAUAUUUUAAUGUGGGGGUUUGCUAAGAGGGUCACGUGCAGAGCAGACAAGAUUUUUCCUGUAGUUUUAUUCACUGUAUUACCUGAUCUCACCCUUUUUUGUCUGAUCUAAUAACCAUACAUUGUCUAUCAAUGUUCAGUAUUUCACUUGCAAUGAGAAAACAAUAAUUUUAGCUUUAAUUGAAAAGUAUUUUAAUAAUGGGUGUUUCUGUCUUAAAUGUGUUAAUGCAGAUGGAUUUAUUACCACUAUAAUACAGCACCUUAAAAAUGAGAGUUGAUCGUUAGUUCUAUGAUGUAACAUCAGCUAUCACAAUUAACACCUGAUAAUUGAGUGAUAAUUGUUCACUGUGCUGAUGAGUGCUAUAUUUUCCCUCUCUGUAAGUAUGGCUGCCUGGGAUCUGUCUGUGACAGUGGAGGAGCUUGGCCCAGAGGCCCCACCCCUCAAAGUUAGCGUGACCUCAGACCUGCACAUUGGUGGCGUCAUUCUCAAAAUUGUUGAGAAGACACAGAUAAAGAAGGAUUGGUCAGACCAUGCCCUGUGGUGGGAGCAGAAGCAGCAGUGGCUGCUCCGACCAUCUUGGACCCUUGAGAAGUAUGAGAUCCAUGCCGACGCUCGCCUGAGCCUCACCCCCCAGCACAAGCCUCUAAGACUGGGCCUACCCAAUGGGACAACCCUGAGGCUUCAGGCCUGCUUCUCUCGUCCAGUCUUCCAAACGGUCAUUGGGGUCUGUCAUCUGCUGAACCUGCGUCACCCAGAGGAGCUGUCGUUGUUACGGCCAAUGGAGGUGAAGAAAAAGAAAAAAGACAAGGAGGCAGAAGAGGAAGUAGUAUACGAUCUAACAGGCCUUCGGACCUCAUCAGGUCCAGCUCACACCCUGUCCAAUGGCAUGCCUAUGCACUUUGCUGACUCACUGCAGACUGAGGCUGUGUAUAAGAUGUUGUCUGUCAGCCUACCUGCACCUGCUCCUGAGACUAUCACCAAGAUGCCCCGUCCCACCAGCCUUAUGGACAAGGCACAAGUUCACAGCAGAUGGCUGGAUUCGUCUCGUUCUCUGCUCCAACAGGGAGUGCAGGAGCAUGACAGGCUGCUACUACGCUUCAAAUACUACUGCUUCCAUGACCUGGAUCCCAAGUAUGAUGCGGUACGUCUGACCCAGCUGUAUGAGCAGGCUCGCUGGGCCAUCUUGCUGGAGGAUGUUGACUGCACAGAGGAAGAGAUGAUGCUCUUUGCUGCCCUUCAGUACCACAUUGGUAAGGUGUCUCUGUCAGAGCCCCAGCCGAUGACAUCAUGUCCUGCCAUGGAUGAUCUUGACUCUGCCCUUCAGUGUUUGGAGGUGAAGAUGGAAGCGGAGGAGAGCAUCACUGCGGACAUGCUGGAAACAAUGACGGUAGCACCAGAGCUGCAGGACUACUUGAAAAUCUUCAGACCAAAAAGACUGACACUAAAGGGCUAUAAGCAGUUCUGGUUCGCAUUCAACAACACAUCCAUCUCCUACUACAAGAGUAAAGAGGAGAGCCUCAAGGAACCCAUUCAGCAGAUGAACCUCAAAGGCUGUGAGGUGGCCCCAGACGUUAGUGUGGCUGGUCAGAAGUUCUGCAUCAGACUGCUGAUCCCUGGGGCUGAGGGCAUGAACGAAGUCUACCUACGCUGUGAGAAUGAGCUGCAAUACAGCAGGUGGAUGGCAGCUUGCCGUUUAGCCUCCAAAGGGAAGACACUAGCAGACAGCUCUUUCUCUAGUGAGGUGCAGAAUAUCCAGUCCUUCUUGGCCAUGCAGCGAACCAACCCUGGGGCCAAUACUGCUCAGACUGAUGACAGCAUCAACACAUACAGCCUUGUAUCCCCACGCUACCACAAAAAGUACAAAGCCAAACAGCUAACUCCGCGCAUCCUGGAAGCCUAUCAGAAUGUGGCCCAGCUCCCUCUAACAGAUGCCCUCCUCAGGUUUCUUCAAAUCUGGCAGGGUCUACCUGACUUUGGGGUGUCCUAUUUUGUGGUGAGGUUUAAGGGAUGCCGUAAAGAUGAAGUCCUUGGGGUCACCAACAACCGUCUCAUCCGCAUUGACCUCAGCAUAGGAGAUGUGGUGAAGACAUGGAGAUACAACACCAUGAGGCAGUGGAAUGUCAACUGGGAUAUUCAACAGAUGGCCAUUGAGUUCAAUGGCAAUGUGAACAUUGCCUUUAGCUGUGUGACUGCAACCUGCAAGAUUGUGCACGAGUACAUUGGGGGCUACAUCUUCAUGGCCACACGCACCAAAGAGCAGGCCGAGGUGUUGAACCAGGAGCUCUUCUUCAAGCUGACUGGUGGUCAUGAAGCCAUCUAAACAUCCAUGAAUAUCUGUAUCUCAGAAUGAAUCUCUUCAAGGUUUUAUGUUACAUGGACAUGCAGUAUUAGAACAGGUUGUCAGAGUGACCAAGACUUUCAAUGGGAAAGUGGUCAGUUGAACACGUUCUGCAUAGGCUACCAUUUCCACAACUCAGAAUUGUAUUGUUAUUACUCGACCAUACAAUAUGUUUUUCUGACUUUAUAAAAGUCAAUUUCAUUUUUAAAUGUUUGUGUGUUCUUGUAUUGAAAUGUAUUCAAUAGGCUACAUAGAUAAUAUUAAAUGAAUGGCAAGCAAAAAAAAAUAGCUUAUUAUUUGCUCUGUUGUUGUUAAAAAUAAUAAGAUGUAAAAGGUGCACAUUUAUCACCAAGGCAUAAAGCCUAAUGGAAGGAUUGAGGCAGGCCAUAGAAGUCAGAUUUUUUUUGUGGCCGACGGGGGAAACUUUUAUCCCGCACUGCAGAUGGCUAUAUCGGUUUUGUUGUUGUUAUUAUUCCGAUUUUUCAGGGGGUUGCUGCAGCACCCUCAGCACCCCUACUUUCCAUGGCUAUGAGGCAGACCUACAUUCACAGUCAGUCACAAAGGCUGUUUUAGGCUUAUCUCACAGGAAACCACAUAGGUCUCCUGCUACAGUGCAUACUGCCUAAAGACCUAAGAGAAACUAAAGUAUAUGGCAGCUAUAGUCUUCUGUAGUGCAUUUCAUAUAGACUGUAGUAGAAGAACACUUUGGAAGAAGACCAACAGCUGCAGAAUUUGUGUUUAGGACUGAAUAAUUCAGCUUUAUUAGUUUCAAUUUUUAUUAGUCGUACAUUGAGCUCCAAAGUAUGUUUUGUUGUGGUUUUGGCUCUGUACUCCCACACUUUGGAUUUGAAAUGAUACAAG